CUUCAGGGCCUAGGGAGCAGGCGGGGCCUGGUCCGUCAGCCGCUGUUGGGCGGCACUGAGAUAUGCAGGAACAUCCUUGUGAGUCUUUGGUGUAUUAGCAAGAAUUUCUAAAGGGCACGUACCUUCAAUUUGGUUUCCUGUCCCAGGGCUUCGAAGAGUUUCAGCUCUGCCAGGUAGGGCCAGGUUAUAUAGGUGCACUUUGUGUCUCUUCUUGGGGAGUUUUUUGCGUCCAGUAGUGAAUGACUCUCCAUUUUCCACCUGAACGAGACAACUCUGUGCCUGGGAGGAGGUAGGGGCAGAUGAUCUGAAAUGUUGCACGUGUCUGCAGGGAGCAGAGUCUGCCUGGGAGGCCGAGUGCUGAGGCCAACUGCGGGAGGGGCCAGGCAGUGACUGGCUCCUGCAUCCAUCCCAGGAAGCCCAGGGUACCGGGGGAUGGCAGCUUUGCAUCUGUGUGCCCUGCCUCAGGCUGAAGUGACCUUCGAAGACGUGGCCGUGUUCCUUUCGCAGGAGGAGUGGGGCCUUCUGGGCCCUGCUCAGAAGGGCCUCUACAGGGAAGUGAUGCUGGAGACUUACAGGAACCUGGUAUCGCUGGGAGCUGGACUUGCAGGUCCCAAACCGGAGGUGAUUGUACAUUUGGAGCGAGGGGAUGAGCUGUGGGUCCUGGACAUGCAUGGGGCAGAGCAACCAAGCGUCGAUGGCUCAGCUCAUGGGACCAGGACUGAGAACCAGGAGGUCACUUCAGGCGAAAUGCUGUUUGGGAGACAACUGGACCCACUCAUGGGGAGUGUUCUCCAGGGACCUGAGCCAGGAGAAGCCCAUGAGCGUGUCAGGGAGCCAGAGGGGUGCCUGGACAGGCCUGGGGAGCAGAGAGGCCCCAGGCUAGUCGCACUGGUCAACGAGGAGUGUGGCCUGGAGUCUGGAGGAAACCUCAGGUCGGGGUCAAGGCCUAUCCCUGAUCAAAGAUCUCACAAAUGUGAUAUAUGUGAACAGAGUUUUGAACAGAGAUCAUACCUUAAUAACCAUAAACGUGUACACAGGUGCAAAAAAACAAAUAUAGUUCACGAUUCAGGGGAAAUUUUCCCUGCGAAUUUAGUUGUUAAAGAAGAUCAGAGAAUUCCUGUUGGGAAAAGAUUGCAUUAUUGUGGUUGUUGUGGGAAGGCCUUCAGGUACAGCGCUAACCUUGUCAAGCACCAGCGACUGCACAGUGAAGAGAAACCCUACAAGUGUGAAGAGUGCGGGAAGGCCUUCCACCAGAGCUGUGAACUCAUCAGUCACCGGAGGAUGCACUCUGGAGAGAUCCCCUACCGUUGCGAUGAGUGCGGGAAGACAUUCAACCAGAGGCCCAACCUCAUGAAGCAUCGGAGGAUCCACACCGGGGAGAAGCCCUACAAGUGCGGCGAGUGCGGGAAGCACUUCAGUGCCUACUCCUCCCUCAUUUACCACCAGAGGAUCCACACGGGCGAGAAGCCCUACAAGUGCAGUGACUGCGGGAAGGCCUUCAGCGACGGCUCGAUCCUCAUCCGGCACCGUCGGACCCAUACUGGAGAGAAGCCGUAUGAGUGCAAAGAGUGUGGCAAAGGCUUUACCCAGAGCUCCAAUCUGAUCCAGCAUCAAAGAAUUCACACUGGGGAAAAACCCUAUAAAUGUAAUGAAUGUGAGAAAGCCUUCAUCCAAAAAACCAAGCUUGUUGAACAUCAGAGAAGCCACACUGGAGAGAAGCCCUAUGAGUGUAAUGACUGUGGCAAAGUCUUCAGCCAGAGCACCCACCUCAUCCAGCACCAGAGGAUCCACACGGGGGAGAAGCCCUACAAGUGCAGCGAGUGUGGGAAGGCUUUCCACAACAGUUCCAGACUCAUCCACCAUCAGAGGUCACACCACGGAGAGAAGCCAUAUAAGUGUGCUGAUUGCAAGAAGGCCUUCAGCCAGGGCACGUACCUCCUGCAGCACCGGAGGAUCCACACUGGGGAGAAGCCUUACACGUGUGGUGAGUGUGGCAAGGCCUUCCGGCACAGCUCCAACAUGUCCCAGCACCAGAGGAUUCACCUCCGGGAAGACUUCUCCCUGUGACGGUCGGGAGGCCCAAGGUCUGUGGUGCGCUUCCCGCACGUGACCACCCUCUCUUUACUUACUGUCCACAUGGUGUCACAGGUGAACAGGCACUUCUGAUUUUAAAAAACCUCUUUUCUUAAAAGCAGUGCAUGUUCAUUUUAGAGAAAGUGAGUGGAAAAAGCUAAGCAAAAGGGAGAAGCCCUGUGGCCUACCCUUAGAAAGAGAACUCACUACUGUUGCGAUCAGCGUAGGUUGUGUCCAGACACUCAAAUAGCAGCCACAAGAGAAGUACUGUGGAACUUGUGAGUGCAGCUCCUGUUUCCUCAGUCCUGGAAAACUCAUACUGGAGAGUUCUACGUGUUUAUGUAGUUUUACACCUUGUAAAUUUUAAAACAGCAUGUUGUUCAUAGUUUCCUAUGUCACUUAAUAGAGUUGAGACUGCCUUUUUUAUUGUGGUAAUAACAUUGUGUUUUAGCCACUCA